AUGGAUUAAAUUUAAGAUGAUAAAAGUUUAUCUAAUAGUAGACUACAUUAGUAGCUAUCUAAGGCCAACUAUUCUUUUAACACAAAUGAUUAGAUUUUAAUGUCAGAGAGCUAAUCUCCUACAAAAUUUCAUCAAAAAAGAAUAAAUUUUUUAGAGUCUAAUAGCAAAUAAAAUUUUAUGGAGAAUGGGAUUGAAUAAGCUUCUUCAGAAAAACUCCAAAAAGCCUACAAAGUACAUUUUAUAUAUGAAAAACUAUAAGAUCGUUUAAAACUGCGUAAAAGAGAUGGAGAUCUUAAUUUCCGAAAAAUGAUGCACGAAUUUAGGCAGCUGGAUACAUUUGUUGACACAAGACAAGAGAUCUAAUCUAUGAAUUUAGCUUUCUAAAAAGGAUUUAAAAGUAGCUUAGAAGUUUUAAAAAUUAGAGAUAAAAUAUAGCAGCUUAAUAAAGAACUGAAAGACACUUCAAGCAAAUAUCAAAUGCAGUUUGGAGAAUAUGAAGUUAUAGAUGAAUAAGCAGAACAGAAUAAUUUAGGUGGGGUCAAGGGAGCGAAAUAAGCUAAAGAAUUGUUGAGAAGGUCUAAAAAAUAUUUAUAAACAAAAUCAAAAAACAUGAAAAUAUACGAUAGCACUUAAGCAAUAACUGAGUCUUUAAAGGAUUAUAUUUAAAAACACACUCAAACCGUAAACCAAAUAGAACUAAAAGAUGAUACUAACGAAUUUUAUUCUAAUUUAGAAUCAGUUUUUGAGCAUUAGAAAAGAUUAAUAUCCCUAAAGGAGUAGCAUGCUGAGCUUGAAAGAAAAAAGCAAGAAGAGAAAGAAAAACAAUUGAGGGAACUAAUAAAACUCUCUAAAUAUGAUAUUAAUGGUGGGAACGAAAAAGCAGUACCAAAUCAAGGAUAUUUUGAUGAAUAUCACAAAAACACCCAAAAGACAAUAAAUAAAGCUUUGAAGGAGAGCCAAAGAAUAUAUCGUUAAAAGCUGGGCCUUAUUAGUUAAAAGGAUAAGUUAUUUUUAGAUAUUCAGGAAAACAUUAUUGAUAAAAACCAAGAAAAGCAGCAACCAGAAUAAAAUGAUUUAACAAGCCCAGUUUAAAAUAAAAAUAACUUCUUUAGUCAAACUAUAUCAGCAACAAAAGUCUAAAAUAUCUAAAAUCAGCAAUAAAAAGAAUAAAAACUUCCCAUUUUCUAAUCAAGAUCAAGCACAAACACUCCUUUAAAAACAAAUUUUAUUACUCAAUAGCCUGAUAUUACAUAAAGCUCGUUUAAUAAGUUGAAUCAAAGAAGGUACAAUCAAAAUGCAAUGACAAGUUAUAACUCUAUGACUAGGCUAAACUAAAGUAGCAUAAAUAAGACUUACAUUCCUAGCGGAGAAAUUUAAGAGGAAAAAGUAGACUACGAUGAUUAAUAAGAAGAACAAGAAAAAGCACAAAAAUUAAUUAACAAUUUAGCAAUAAGUCCUUCAAUUUAAAAUUCAUACAAGAAUAUAAGCACACUCUCUACUGCAAGAGAGACUGAAAAAAUAACUAUACCAUUGUUGCAGAUAAACAAUAACCAACAAAAUUUAAACCAUGCUAAGGGUUAAAGAUAAGCUUAAACUUAAGAAAAUUUUAAAGAAAAAGUUGCUAGAGAUAAAUUAUCUGAAUUUUCAAGAUCUUCUCUUGUUAACACAUCUCAGAAUGCUUUGAGACAUAGCAGAAUUGAUAGUUUUUUUGAUAAAAAUCCAUUUAAUUAAGUCAAAUAGAAAUUAAAUAGCCGUAUGAAUAAAAAUUCAAUUGAUAAAAUAACUCUCUAAUAAAAAAACUAAAGAUAUUCUUCAUAAACUGAAUAAACUCCAAAUGCAUUUACUAGUGAUAGUGAUCAGACACCCUUAAAAGGCAGGAAAAAAAGUUUGGGAGGUUUGACUGAUGAAGUAUCUAAUUUAGUUAAAAUAAUGGCAGAGAGAUCACCUAAAUAAAGUGAAAUUAAAAGACUGAGCAGCUUGUACACUCCUAAAAGUACAAGAUUUACAAUUGAAAAAAAGAAUAUAUUUUUGUCAAAUAUUGAAAGCUAACAAGAGACUAUAAAGCAAUUUAUAAGCACAAUGAAAGAAGCAGAAGUUACAUAUAAAGAAGAAAAGCAGAAAUUAAUGUAACAGUUGUUGGAAGCUAAAUAAUAAUAUAAAUCAACUUAAGAAAGAUACGAAGAUCCUAAAAUUACAAGUAUUAGAGAAGUAGAGUAAAAUGUUGAGCAUAAAUUCAAAAAUUUCCUUAGAAGAAAUUAUAAGCCAAAAACACUGUAAAUAGCUAAUUAUUGA